AUGACUGAAUGGAGCGUGGAGGAUAAGGUCUUCGGCAUAACGUUGGACAAUGCAUCAGUAAAUGAUUCGAUGGUUAACUUUGUGAAAAGCAAUCUGCUAGGAUGGGAACUUCUAGUUGGAAAAGGGGAGAUGUUACACCAUCGUUGUGCUGCUCAUGUUCUUAAUUUGAUGGUACAAGAUGGCUUAAAAGUUGGGUCUGCAGCUAUCAAUAAUAUCAGAGAGAGUGUGCUGUUUGUUCGAAGCUCCGAAGCAAGAAGACAAAAAUUUAAAGAUAUUGUAGCUCAAGAAGGCAUUGAAUAUGAGAAGAGUGUGUGCUUGGAUGUUACCACUAGGUGGAACUCGACCUACUUGAUGAUGAAGACUAUUUUAGUCUUUAAGAGAGCAUUUGAUGCUUUAGAUAUUCAAGACCCUGCUUAUCUUUGUGCUCCCUCAGCUGAGCAAUGGAAUUUGGCUAGAGAGAUGGUCACCCUCUUAGAGGUCUUCUACAAUGAUACGGUGGUAUUUUCAGGUUCCUUGAAGUUUAUGAAGUAUUGGAAGCUCAUGUACUUGACAAUUUGUGUUCCCGUCAUACUUGACCUGCGGUUCAAGUAUGAAUACUUGGAAUACCAAUUGAAAGAUGAUGCUGAGAUAGAGGGACAGACAUAUAUGAUUGCUGUGAAGAGGGCAUUUAAGGAACUAUUUAAUGCCUAUUCUUCAUGUGAUGAUGGACCAAGUGUCGAUGUGGAGGUAAUGGAGACAAGUGUUGCUGUUGUGAAAACCAUUACUGAAGAUUUUGUCUAUGACACGGAUGGAAAUUCUGCAUAA